AACAACAGAGAACUUCAUGGCAGACGAAGUUGAAAGCAAUAGUUCUGUGUAUGAAAGGUACAUAUAUGAAAAUGUGUCACUUACAUACAAAUUUUGGGCAAAAGUAAACAUCUCUGGUUUGUAAUUUAUAAAAGUUGCAUUUUGUUUAGUCUCUCACAGGGGUUGAGAAAGAGAGAAGUUAAUUUUGCCGAUGCCUCCACAUCAUGGCAGUGGGAUUUAAAAUCCUUAAGUCUGCUCAAAAGUUAGAAAAAAUGCUUAAUAGGCCGAUGCACCCCAAUUGUGGUUGUGCUUACUGACCUUCAAUGGAUUUUCUGUGGUACAUAACGAAAAAAAAAAAUCUUUUAAAAAGUUUUAGUUCAAAACCUGUGAUACAAACUGUCUCUGAAAUAUUCAUGAAUGAGUAGAAAACAUUUGAUUUCCUUCCCCUUUUUACUUUACUACUUAUGCUAGUUAUUUUUCACUAUAAAGUUUGUUUCCAAAAUGUUUAAACUUUUUUUUCUUCACCCAAAAAACCACAAUAGAGAAAUGAGACUUUUACUUCUCUUUAAUCAAAGUGGGUGAGAUCGAUGAACAGUUUUCGUCUCACAAGAAAUUCUUGUCUGAUCAACACUAAAUAGUUUUUUGUUUUAUGCUUAAUUUUUGAGAUCAAUAAGGAAAAUAUGAAAGAAAUACUAUAAAACAUUUUCCAUGUCUCCUUGGCAAUCAUUUUUGCAAGAUUAAAAACCAAAAUUUGAGAGUAGAAAAUAUAAAAAAAAAGAAAUAGUUGCUCAAAAAGAAAAAAAUAUUAAUUGCUCCAACUGCGUGAAAGAAAUCUAUUUAAGUAAUUAAAAACAUAUAUAUAUGUCCCUUUUUUGCCCUUAUGAUGUUAUGUUUUUUAAAUUAAUGACCCCCCCACGUACCCAACAUUUCAAAGUAACGCACCCCUGGAUCAAACACGGUCCUCUUACACAUUAUGACAGGGAAUCAUUUACUGGUGCAGAGUGGAGGAAUGGUCGGAUAAGACGAGUCCGUCUCUUGUACUUUGACCUGCAUUCUCUUCGAGUCACUAAUCUCUGUCGGAGGCACGUCUCUUUUCGGACUGACAUACAUCAAUUCCACCCUUUCCUGAUCAUGCAGCUCCUCAUUCGACAGUAUCAACAAAAGGACAAGGACACAGUGCGGACCUUGUUCAGCGAUGGCAUACGAGAGCACAUCCAUCCAUGUUUCCAAAAUGCCAUGACCAGCCCUUCAUACAUGAUUAUCACUUUAACUCUGUGUGUUGUUGGUUACCUCCUCGGCUCUGUGUUCUUGGCAGUGUUGUUUCCGGCAGCCUGGGCAACUCUCAUCUACUGCUGCAGCUACAAACUGUUUGACGGCUACGUCCAGGAAAAACUUCGGACGGAUAUGCAAGACAUCAUUGGGAACUACCUGAGCAGGCCCGAUGACUGUUUCUGGGUGGCGGAGGCCGAACUCGAUGGGAGGACACAGAUUCUCGGCACUGUGGCUGUUAUAACCAAGCAGAACGGAAAAGAAAAAGUAGGGGAGUUAUUCAGAAUGAUAAUCUCUCCAAAAUGCAGACGCAUGGGCCUUGGCAACAAGAUGACUCAGACUGUGAUCAACUUUUGCAAGGAUCGAGGCUUUUCCAAAGUGGUUUUGGAAACAACCUCCACCCAGAUGCCUGCUGUUGCCCUAUACAAAAAAAUGGGGUUUAAACUCAAAUUCAGUCACAUAAACACACAUGUUGUUGCCUCUUGGAUUACUUUGUUGACCAAAGUCUCAAUUUUCCAUAUGGAAAAACUUUUGUAAGCCUAUGUAAGUACAUAAAAUUUGUACUUUCCAAGUCAACCUUUUGUAACAGUACUGCACCACAUUGCAAAGGAAAUGUAAUGGAUAUGACAUGAAUAUGGCAAUUCCAUUUAAAUGCAAACACUACAGAUUAUUUUUACUCUUUGUACUAACAAAUUCUUAUCUAAUUUCCAUGUUUUUACACAUUUUAAAAGAAUAUAUUUCAAAAUGGAAAGCACUUUUUUUCUUCUGUUUUUUCUGAUCCAUGUAGCAUUGCUUUAUUUGAGCCUUUUCUCACUUACAAAUUAAAAUUGACAUAAAUACAUAUUAUUAGAGUUUGUGUCAUGCUUUUUCUUAUGAAAUAAAGAUACCUUACACCUUA